AACCUAGCGGUUAAACAAGGAAAUCGUUUCAAUCGUUUCGAUUGUCAUACUUGAGUAAUUGUAAAGAUAACUUAAUAGAAAAUGACUCAAUGUCAGGCGGUGGUUGUAGCUGGUGCAUGAAGUCAGGCGCAGGAGAGCAGAGAUGAGUGAACGCACUUUACUCAAGAAAAUAGCACAAGUAACAGUACCAAAUGUGCGAACAAUAACGGUUGCCACAAAACACGCGUGAAAACAACACCCGGACAAAACCAGCCGGAAACGUACCGACAUGAACAAUAAACAAUCAUACACAAAUACAUGGGGGAAACGGAGGGUUAAAUACAUGAACAGGCAUUGGGAAAUGAAAACCAGGUGUGUGGGAAACAAAGACAAAACCAAUGGAAAAUGAAAAGUGGAUCGGCGAUGGCUAGAAGACCGGCGACAUCGACCGCCGAGCGCCGCCCGAAUAAGGAGAAGAACCGACAUCGGUGGAAGUCGUGACACUCAAGUGAAAGUCACCCAGUAAAAUACUACUUGAGGAAAAGUCUAAAAAUAUUUGGUUUUAAAUAUACUAAAGUAUCAAAGUUUAAGUACAAAUAUUUUAAUAUUCCUUAUAUUAAGCAACCAGAUGGUGCCAUUUUCUUGUUUUUUUUUAUUAAUGGAAUGCCAGGGGCACACUCCAACAAUGACAUUAUUUACAAACGAAGCAUGUGUGUUUAGUGAGUCUGCCAGAUCAGAGGGUGUAGGGAUGACCAGGGAUUUUCUCUUGAUAAUUGUGUGGAUUGGAUCCUUUUCCUGUCCUGCUAAGCAUUCAAAAUGCAACAAGUAAUUUUAGGUGUCAGGGAAAAUGUAUGGAGUAAAAAGUUACUUUACUAUAUUUCUAAAGAAAAUAAAUUAAAAGUUGUCAAAUAUAAAUUGUAAAGUACAGAUACACCCCCCCAUGACUUUAGUAAUACUUGAAAGUAUUUUUACUUAAGUACUUUACACCACUGGUUUCCCACAGGGGAUUUUUAGAAACACUUAAAAUCAAGGCUGUGUUUUGUGUAGGCUUACCUUGGUGUGAAGUUUUGAUCAUGUGUAAAAUCUCUGUUUUUGGUAGGUAUUAACACAUGUUAAAAAAUUCAAAAGACACUCGCACAUCUGAGCAAUCUAAUUUGCAGGUGCAUGGCAACAAUUGAACAAGAUGAAGGAAAAAGGAAACCGCACACUGCUCUUGGUAGUAUCACUGAUAUUUAAUAAGCUUACGUAUCAGCCUCACGGUCUUCGUCAGAGCUUUAAAAAAAAAAAAAAAUUGCACCCUUAUGUAUACCUAGCCCCUUCCACAUCCGUUCUACACAUCGAAUGGGGUUAAAGGGAAAAAUAAAUAAGUGCUACCAAAUACACUGCUCAAAAAAAUAAAGGGAACACUUAAACAACACAAUGUAACUCCAAGUCAAUCACACUUCUGUGAAAUCAAACUGUCCACUUAGGAAGCAACACCGAUUGACAAUAAAUUUCACAUGCUGUUGUGCAAAUGGAAUAGACAACAGGUGGAAAUUAUAGGCAAUUAGCAAGACACCCCAAAUAAAGGAGUGGUUCUGCAGGUGGUGACCACAGAGUCUACAACCGAGACAAGUGGCUCAGGUAGUGUAGCUCAUCCAGGAUGGACCAUCAAUGCGAGCUGUGGCAAGAAGGUUUGCUGUGUCUGUCAGCGUAGUGUCCAGAGCAUGGAGGCGCUACCAGGAGACAGGCCAGUACAUCAGGAGACGUGGAGGAGGCCGUAGGAGAGCAACAACCCAGCAGCAGGACAGCUACCUCCGCCUUUGUGCAAGGAGGAGCAGGGGGAGCACUGCCAGUGAUACUAAUGAGAUAAAUUGACUGACCUGUAACUGACCUUUUAACCUGUCCCCAGGUGAAGGAGACAGUGGUGGUCCUGGUCAAGGAUAUGCAGAAGGUGGAGAGACAGAUCAUGAGCUCUGGCUCUGAGCAGCAGCUGGCCCACACCCGGCUGGACGUCCUGGCCCAGAGGGCCAACUACGAGCUCUGCAUGGACCAGCCCCACAUUGCUCUUCUGCAGGAGACCAAGAACCUGAGGAAGAACACCUUUGGCCUGCAGAAGAAACUCCUCCUCUCUCAGAAGACCCUGGAGACCGUGCAUAUGAACCUGUUCACCCUGGGGGACAGCCUGGAGGCUAAGAGCUCCGCAUAUUCACCGCCAACACUUCAGCACAGGAGCCCCUGGCCCUGCUCUCUCCUCUCAGCUCCUUUGGGAAUUAGAAUGUUGCCACCUGUCUCUCUGGGCAUGGCUGAAGUCGCUGAUGCAAGCUAUAUUAUAUCUAUGCUGUGUGUUACACCAAUAACAGAGCAUAUAUUACACUUUUUUUUGUGAAAGUAUUUUUUCUUGUGUUUAUACUUUCAAUUUCAAGUCAAGAGAUUGGGUUGGAGCCAAAACCUGCUUGCACAGGGGCCACUACAAGCCUAAAACCAUUUGGAAUUGGACUUAUUUGGUGGACAAUUGAUUGAGUGUACCCGGCCACCUACUGACUGUCCAGGGGGUGUCACCUCUUUAACCAGGUCAGAUUUAUUGUAGCAACGGCCCAUGGUAACGCAGAGAGUCCAUGGCGACAUGGGUCGCGCUAUCUUGGAAAGUGUGAAGGAAUGCGACUGAUUGGGAGGUUCCUUUUGCGUUAAUAUCCCGCGAAAUGCUCUAUUAAUGGUAUAUCAAAAAGAAAACUUCUAGCCGACCACUGUUCUCUUGAAAGUAAAUAUGGGAUGCGGCAGCUCCAGGUUCACGGUGGUCGAGCCGAUGAGAUCGAGCGAGUUGGACGGAGGAGAGGAUGACACGGUGAGUAAACAAGGCUGUAGGGGCGACUCUGCAGUGUCAAAGUUAACCACAGACAGUGGAGUGGUCCUGGACACUGGUGAGGUUCCCACCUUACUGGGGGCUGUACCCAAGAAACUAUCACCACUGGCAGCCCACAUUCCUGGCCUGGCCCAGGAGAGUGGUGAGAGACCCAGGUCCAGUGAGAUCCUGGAACAGCUUCUGAGCCAAGGCAUCAUCGCCCAGCCCAGGGAGAGGGCCAGCGGCGAGGCAUACAACAUCAUGAUUGAUGACAGAGAGACACCCAAACGUAGGCCUACCCCUCACCUGGAGUCUCUGAAGGGCAAGAGGGACCAGUCUGUCACCAGCCAAGUGGACAUGGAGGAGAGGAUGAGACAGGCGGAGGAGGAACGGAAGGAGCUGAACGUGAACCUGAGGCCUAAAUCAGCUGGUGUCCAUGACCCAGAAGCUGCAUCAACAUCCGGAGAGGGGGACAUAGUCAGCCCUGUGGAGGUCCUCCAUGCCCCUGAGACCCCACCCAGCCCAAGACGGAUCCAGCAGGAGCCACUGGAUCCAGACCCAACUCAGACUCAAGGAGGAGGGGAUGGAGGGAGUGGAGGGGUCAGGGAGGGCGGGGGAGAGGGAGUCGUAAGUGGGCUCAGUGGGCAGCUUCUCUCAGCCUCUCUUGAGAUGGAGAAUGACUCCACAUUUCAACAGACUGAGCAAGCUGAGGAGCAAUUCUAGCACCUGGCUGGGAGCACCUUAUCUGUCUAUUGGAGCCCAGUGUGUCUGAGAAGGAGGGAGAGGGAGGGAGAGCAUAGAGAGAUGGUGCAGGGGGAAUUAGAGGAAGAGUGGGCAGGUGAGGUGAGGGAGAGAGAGAUCAGUGAUGUCUAUUUGUGUUUUUGUAUACAAAAGAGCCAAGUGUAUGUGCAUACAGUCUGUUUCUAAGACUUGUUUGAAGUAUGUGGUAUAAAGAGAAGAGAUCUCUGAGGGUUUACUUUACGAUGCAAAAUCAUACUGUAUAAAGGUGGGCAAUAUUAUUAUUUGAAAUUGAAAUCAUGAAGAUAUUUAUUUUCCAUUAAUUUAAAAAAGGUCAAAGGACCCCCCCAAUGGUGAACGUUGAGUUGAAAGCUGUUUUAGACACAAGAUGGCGGUGUUUCCAUGGAAUUAAAUUACUUCUUCAGCACUGUU